GUUUACAAAUGGCGACGCACUGCGAUUCUAGAUUAAAAAAGCUGUAUUUGCAGAUGUACAAGCGAAAACAAAUACUUUUAAAUACCAUUUUUCGUACAACAAGAGUAUAUUAAUAAAAAUGGAGAACUGACAAGUGACGUUGACAGCAUUAAGUACAAAAAUGUCGCUGAAAACGAGGAUUCGAGGUUUCACGGCUUGGGUGAAUCUUCGUUUGAUUCCAUACAACCACCUGCUAAACAAUGUGAUCAUGGACCUCCUCACUGGCACAAGUAUGAAGUACCUUGUAGAAAGUAUCACUGGAAGAGAUUUCACCAAGUUGGAGAGCUUUGAUGGUUUAAGCCAGCAACAGAAACAGACUCGUGUUGAGUGGAUGCUGCAGGAAUUGAAACGCUGCAAUGUAAUACCACUCGACAUCGGCAUUGACUGCCGCAUGUUCGCUAUGAGGAGCGCCGAUCACGUGUUUGACCUUUUAUGGCGUCUAGUGAGCCAUGAUAUUUGGUUUGUAUGGGAAAGAGCAGAGUAUUUGCAACAUGAAGACAAAGACAUUAUUACUCAAGUUAAGUUCAAGUGGACGCCAGAACCUCCUCCAAAGAAGAAAAAGAAAGCCAAACCAAGGAAAUCUCUUCUUUCUGGGUUCGGAUCCUCGGCUGUAGUGGAUGAUGAACCUGUAGACAAUGAACCAGAGGUAGAGUGGGUUAAAUUCCCAAAUUCUGAUUUUAUGAAGAACUUCAAAAGAAAGCGAACGGCUGGUAAAUACCCAUCUCCCGACCAGUGUAUUCUGCAGCUGGUCAAUGCUCAACUAAAGAAAACAAAGGAAGGAAAGACUAUAUCCUGCUAUAGCAUUGAUGAUUUGGUGGACAGUCGUAUUUUAUGUACUCUAGUCAACUCGUUCGUCCCUAACACAUUUACAACAGACCUUCUCCUCAAUGACAGGUGGACAAUUAACAUUGCUUUGCGGACAGCGGAAAAGAUGUUUUAUAAUGAGACACAGUUUGAUUCUGAAGAUCUUGCCGAGGCAGACCCCAUGGCCGUGUGUGCAUAUUUCACCUCUUUCUUCAUGGUGGCCUACAAGUACCGGCAGUGUAAAGCAGUUGCAGAACGGGUGAACUGGAUUCAUCAGCUGAUUCGAGAGUGCUACCAUGAACUUGAAAAAUAUCCUCCAGUUGUUACCAAUCUUCAAGAGCUUCAGCACAGGAAGGAAAUGAAGUCAAACAUAGAGGGGCACAAAGAGGCCAUUCAGAAAAUGGAAAAACGUUUUGACGUCAAGUAUUGCAAGAAGUGGGUAGAUCAUGUAGAUACGGUCCAAACAGAUACUAGGAAAGAGAUUCGUAAUAAAAUCAAAAGUCGGUUUGAUGUAUUGACAAUUCCCAGAAGUAUCACAAUCAAUGAUCUCUGUCUGUCUUACGUUAUCAACCUGAGUUUGACCAAUGGCUCUGGGUUUUACAAGGCCGAAGGCAAGGAAAUAUUGACUGAGGGGAGACGACUUGUCCUCAGAAACAGAGAGACUGGAGAGUUCACUGAUGAUUUUACAAGUAAAAGCAAAGUUCCUGUGAGACAGCUAUUGAAGUUACCAGGAGCCAGUGUUGUAGAAAUCAACCCAUCAGAUUAUCCAAACUAUGAUCUAUUCUUUGAAGCACAGAGCAGAAACAAGCAUUUCAAGACUGGCACACAGUUUCUUUACCAAGUGUUUCCCGGCAACACGAUCACGUGGAACAGGAUGUUCAUCCGUGCAGCCAAGGAGAACGAGGCCGACACGAUCGAGAAACUCUUAACCUUCUUCCGAGGUCACCCAAAGUUCAUCAACAGCCGAGAACCAAAGACAGGCAACACCGCCCUGCACUGCGCCUGCAGAUUUGGGCACUAUGAAAUCGUUGCACUUUUGCUGGAGUAUGGGGCCAACAUAGACGCGAAGAACAACUUCCAUUGUACACCUCUGUACGCAGCCAUUGAAGGGCUUCACAGACGAGUGUGUCAUUUGCUUAUUGAGUGGGGCUGUGAUCUUCACUGUAAGAACAUCAGAGGUCAGACGCCAAUAGAAAGCUGUAAAAACGAUGAGUUCAGGAAGUAUCUGGCAGAUCUAUAUGAUCACUACUCCAGCAUCAUCCCACAGAUUAUGAAUGGCGAUAUGGAUCUACUGGAGGAAGUCAUACGACAACAUCGCUCUGGUGAACAUGUCUUCUGCUCGCUGACAAGUAGAUGCGUGAAUGGCUCAACUCUCCUGCACACAGCAGCGUACUACGGACACAAGUCGUCAAUACAAGAACUCCUCCGUCAGAGAGUCGGGAUCAACUUGAAAGAUUACAAGGGAGCCACACCUCUCCACAGGGCCAAGGAUCACGACACCAUACAGAUGUUGUUGGAGUCUGGAGCCGUGUUAAACGCGGUGGACACUGAAGGGAACACUCCACUACACGUCAAGUGUUACGGUGAGAUGGACAAGCCCUCAGAUUUGACUUCCAUCGAAUUACUCCUCAGUGAAGGUGCAGAUCCAGUCAGGCGGAACAACAGGAAUCUGUUGCCAAUCCACUGCUGUGCGAUGCAGGGUCGCGUGGAUGUGAUGAAGAUGCUGAUAAAGGCGGACGGCGAUGAGAAGAUCCUGAAAGCUCUCAACAGUGAGGAAGGCCGCAAUCCUCCCAGUCUCAUUCACCUGGCUUUAGCCAACGACUUCCUCCAGUGUGCAGACUGGCUGUUGCAGAAUGGAUUUAAAUUUAAAGCCAAAGAGAUCGAUAUUCUUCUCAAGAGAGUGCUGACUGAUCAGAUCAAAUUAACUAAUCGAGCUGAUGCUGUGAAAUUUCUGUUAGAUUGCGGAGCAGACCCAAAUCCAUCUUACCCAGAUGGCAACUCAGCACUGCAUUAUGCUGCCAGCCUGCCUGGCUCAACUGACAUUCUGGAGACACUGCUGGCGUACGGAGCGGAGGCUGACUGUGUGAAUGAUGAUGGAUGCACACCGCUGUUCUUCGCCACACAGGCCAACAACCAGUUUGCUGCUUGUGUUCUCAUUGCACAGGGGACAAAUGUUAGGCAGAAAAACUUCCAAGGCCUGACUGCAUUUGACAACAUUGUGGAUUUUGAUGAAUGGAUUGAUUCUGGAUACUUUACAGAUGAAAUUAAAGCAAGGCUGAAAGCAUACAGCUUAAAGCAUGCCCGCGACCUGAUCCGGGCCAUUUCAAAACGGGUCAAGCCAAACCCAUCCCAGUCAAGACCAGACCACAUUCCAUCAGACCAGAUGAUCCACAUUCCAUCAGACCUACGCCAUCCAUGCCGUCCACGGAUAACAGUCCUUCACGAACAUCAUGAUGCUGCCACCCAUCACGGAUAA